AUGAGUGAAAAGGCCGCUCCAAACAACAGCUUCGUGCAAAGAUUGCUGAAACGUGUGCCAUAUACCUCUGCUCCUCCCAACCUAGGCGAAUUCAAAGCAGCGAAAAAGGGCUCAUCGAGGUUAUCUUGGCUGCAAAGACGCAUACGGUUAAGAUCGAAUUCCACAAUCUCCAUACCACUCGGCUUCGUGCUCCUAUUUCCCAGCAUAGUCGUGCUUCUCAUCCUAAUAUUGGUCGUCAAGCAUCCGUCCUCACCGGGGCGAAUACUCAUUCCUGCGGGGACACCUCCGUCAAUCAGAAAAAUCAGCGAGAAACAUGACAAGGUGUUUGCGACAGGAUGCCUAAAUCCCGAGGAGCAGGCCAGACAGCCAAGAGCAAAUGCGGCCUUCGUCGUACUUGCACGUAAUCAAGAGUUGGAAGGUGUAAUACAAUCCUUGAAGAGUAUAGAACGACACUUUAAUCGCUGGUUCCAUUAUCCAUAUGUCUUUUUGAAUGACGGUGAGUUUACCGAGGAGUUUAAGACGGGCGUUCAGAACUACACCAGUGGCACAACUGAAUUUGGUCAAAUUGAUUCCAGCAUGUGGGGGUUUCCUGACUGGGUAGACCACGAGGUAGCCAGGGAGGGCAUUCGAAAACAAGGCGAUGCUGUCAUCAUGUAUGGAGGCAUGGAAAGCUACCACCACAUGUGCCGUUUCUACUCUGGCUUCUUUUUCAAACAUGAGCUUUUGGACAAAUACGAAUGGUACUGGCGACUCGAGCCGGAAAUCAAGUACUUCUGCGACAUCACAUACGACCCGUUCAUCGAGAUGGCUCGGAACAACAAGACCUAUGGUUUCACCAUAGCAGUCAAAGAACUCAAAGAGACCGUGCCAAACAUUUUCAGGUACGCUGCUGCAUACAAAAGAAAGAACAAUAUCAAGUCACAAGGACUUUGGGAGAUGUUCCUUGAGCCACAGCCCGAAAAAACUAAAGACACUGAAGAGACAAGGGAAAAGACGUUACCCAAUGAAAUUCUGCAAACCGAAGUUGGCCACCAAAACAUCGAGGAAAUCGAUCCCGAGGACAUGGAAGGUGAGAAGUACAAUAUGUGCCAUUUCUGGAGCAACUUCGAGAUCGCACGUCUGGAUUGGUUCCGCAGUAAGGAAUACAGUGAUUUCUUUGAGAUGAUGGAUCGUAGCGGAGGAUUCUGGAUGGAAAGAUGGGGCGACGCGCCUAUUCAUUCGCUGGCUGCCGGUGCACUCCUGGCACCACGUGACAUCCACUACUUCCGCGACUUUGGCUAUCGACAUACCACCAUCCAGCAUUGUCCCGCUAACGCACCUGCUCGACAGUCACCACACAUACCGUAUCUAGAGAAAACUACAGAAGACGAAAAAGAAAGAAUUGCUGAAGACGAAUAUUGGGCGAAUGCAGAUCCGCCAAAAGAAAAUGGGGUUGGCUGUCGAUGCCGAUGCGAUACGGAUAUCCGUGACGUUGAAGGAAAAGAAGGCAGCUGCUUGGCAGAAUGGGUCGAAGUCGCUGGAGGCUGGGCCUCACCAUGA